GGAACUUUACAUCCGCGCUCGACAGGCAUUCAGUACGGUGUUGGGCGUGGUUCGCAUAGGAAUGAAUACAACAGCAACCGAUGCGAUAUUUUUCAUUAAUUUUUUUUACCACUAACCCUAUUUAUUGUAAUAUUAGCUUUUAAACAUAAUCACAUUUUUUUGUACACAUUACAUACCGACCAACGCUUUGUCUGUGCGUUAUUUUAUUUAGAUAAAUCACCCAACAUUUUCACUAAUUGUUUUUCAACUCGUUAGUUUCGCGUUAACAUUACAACGAUGUUGAAAGGGGUGUCGUGUGUUGACAGUGCGUUACCAUUAUACGCGAGAUAAGACUUAAAUCUUAGUGGUUGUUUAAUAUUUUUAUCAAGAUGUCUAGCGGCCGUUAAUAAAACGCGCAAUUGGAUAUUUACGUCCUACCGCUUAACCUGACGGAUACAUCCAUGUCUUGACCUUAAAUAUUUAAUUUAUCUUGAGCAUUUGUGUCGGUCGAGACCGGAGGCCCUAGCCGUGCACAAUGAAUGAACUGGACUCAUUAAGGCAAGAGGCUGAAACGCUGAAAAAUGCCAUACGAGAUGCGAGAAAAGCAGCAUGCGACACAAGUCUGUCGCAAGCAACCACCAGCAUGGAACCGGUCGGCCGGAUACAAAUGCGAACGAGACGUACCCUCCGUGGACAUCUCGCCAAAAUAUAUGCCAUGCAUUGGGGCUCUGACUCCAGAAACCUAGUAUCAGCCUCACAAGAUGGAAAGCUUAUUGUAUGGGAUAGUUAUACGACAAAUAAGGUACACGCCAUACCACUUAGGUCUAGCUGGGUAAUGACGUGUGCAUAUGCCCCAUCUGGCAGUUUCGUUGCUUGUGGUGGUUUAGACAACAUAUGUUCAAUUUAUAGUUUAAAAACAAGAGAAGGUAAUGUAAGAGUUAGCCGAGAACUGCCAGGGCACACAGGUUACCUAUCAUGUUGUAGAUUCCUUGAUGAUAACCAAAUUGUCACCAGCUCUGGAGAUAUGUCAUGUGCAUUAUGGGAUAUUGAAACUGGCCAACAGUGUUCAUCGUUCAUUGGACAUACUGGCGAUGUUAUGUCUCUGUCUAUGUCACCUGAUAUGCGGACAUUUGUAUCAGGAGCUUGUGACGCUUCAGCAAAAUUAUGGGAUGUUCGAGAUGGAACAUGCAAACAAACGUUCCCAGGACACGAAUCUGAUAUCAAUGCUGUUACGUUUUUCCCAAAUGGCUAUGCCUUUGCUACUGGCUCAGACGAUGCUACAUGUCGUUUAUUUGAUAUUCGGUCUGACCAAGAACUAGCCAUGUACUCACACGACAACAUAAUAUGUGGCAUAACAUCUGUAUCAUUUUCAAAAUCAGGACGUCUACUAUUGGCAGGUUAUGAUGAUUUCAACUGCAAUGUUUGGGACUCAAUGAAAGCUGAACGUGCCGGUAUAUUGGCUGGUCAUGACAACCGAGUCAGUUGCCUGGGAGUGACUGAAGAUGGCAUGGCUGUUGCUACCGGUUCUUGGGAUAGCUUUUUACGUAUUUGGAACUGAGUUGGCCCUCUAAUGAGACCUAUGAAGUCAACGCCAAACGGUCCCUGAAUUACAAAUAAAAAAACCCCAAAAACAGCUAAAUAAAUAAAUAAAUAAAAAUACAUCAAAAAACCAAAUAAAGUAAAAAACAGUUCAAACAUUUUUUUCUUAACGGGGGACCACUCACGCGAAAUGAAAUGUUUUGUUUUUAUCACUAUAAGUAAUCUCUAAGUUGCAUUAUUCAAAAUCAAAUACCACCCGACUUGAAGGUCUUCCGUUUUGCGCAUUUUGGGACAAGUGUCCGCGGCUGUUUAGGUGCUCAAAAAAACAAAACCGUGGCAACACAAACUAUCUAUGGAAACGUAGUGUUAACAAUUAUAUUUUACAACAUAUAAUAUACGGAUGUGUAUAUAUAUAUACAUAUAUACAUAUAUAUAUAUAUACAUACAUACAAACUAAAAUAAUUAUGAAUAUUUAUAUCUAAGUCAUAUAACUAGAAUAGAUCAGUAUUUAAAGUUAUAAAACGCUAAAAAAAAAAAAUUAUAUUCCUAAAAAGUUUUUUUAACGAGUGUUCAUAUUAAAAAUAAUUUUUAAAACAACAAAAAACAACUUUAUAUACUUUUCUGUGUAAAUACUAGUAAAUUAAAUCUUGUGUAUAAUAUUAAAAUUUAGUUCUUAGAAUUAAAAUAUAUAAUCAGAACUGUGUGCAUUUUUCAAAUAAAUCUGAACUAUAUAUUAUUUUCACCGAGAAAUUUUAGAUUUUACACCGAUGUUGGUUUUUAAAAUAUACAGGCGUUAUUUUACAAUAAGAAGUUAAUCUAUUUACAGUUUGUUCUCAAUACAAUGGUCGGUUGUUUCUCUUUGCUGAUACCCAUUUAUAUUUAAUAUUAUUACACUCAAUGUGUAUAUGUUUAUAAGUGAAAGAUUUUGGGUUAAACAUUGAGGUUUGACUUCUUAAAAUAUUUAGAAUCGUCUUAACAUUUUGUAACACCACGGACGGCCUUCAUGAGGGUUGUGCUCUGAUCAUACACAUCUUUGGUUUUUAUUAUAAACAAUAUUCUUUUAAUAUAUAUUUUACUUUUAAAUUUUUUUUUUUACAUUCUAACGCACACAUACACAUUUUUAUAUUACAUAACCAGUUUUUUAAAAAGCAUUUAUACCUAUUAAAAUAUACGUGUGAGUUAUUUGUGUUGUUUUUAAA